AUGUCGACCUCCCCACCCAAGGAGCCCGAUGUCGAACAAAGUGCACAGUCCGGAGAAGAGCAGGAUCAUAUGGAUCGCGAACAAGAAGGAGCACAAGGCACCGGCUUGGGUGAAUUCGAGGUUAAGGAACAAGACCGAUGGCUUCCCAUCGCCAAUGUUGCCCGAAUCAUGAAGACAGCACUGCCCGAGAACGCCAAAAUCGCCAAAGAGGCCAAAGAAUGUAUGCAGGAAUGUGUGAGCGAGUUCAUAUCCUUCAUCACCAGCGAAGCGUCCGAGAAAUGCCAACAAGAAAAACGCAAAACGGUCAAUGGAGAAGAUAUUCUGUUUGCCAUGACUUCACUUGGUUUCGAGAACUAUGCGGAAGCACUCAAGAUUUAUUUGUCCAAAUACCGCGAAACCCAAUCCACAAGGGGCGAGAACCAGAACAGACCUGCCAGCAGCGGGUACGGCGGGCCAGUCGGGGGCAGCAAUGUCCAGGCCAAUGCCCCGACAGGGACAGCCCCAGGUUACAGCACCGGGCAAUCCGAGAAUGCCAACGAACUAUUGAACCAAAGUCACGCCAUGAACGCGAACGAACACGAUGCCACCAGCGCGUACGGUUAUCCCAGCGCCGUGCCCACCGGCCACAAUGGCAUCUCCAACGACAAUUUCUAA